AUGGCUUAUUCAGCAAGCGACUUCCAAGAUGCACCUAGCAGUUUUGACACACGGCUCAUGAGCAAAAUUGGAAAGGAGUGUUUGAAGGGAACUAUCCGAACAAGGAGAACUGUUUCAUCUGAACCACUCCUUGUUGACCCUGAGAUCGAGAAAACAGCUCGUAGAAACAACAGUGACACUAGGAGACGACGAGCUAUUAGUCAACAAGGUGCCCCUGAAUCUUUGACUUCUCUCAACAAUCAACCUAUUGAUCUUCUGGAUACUUCUUUUGUAAACGAGAUGGAUGGCACAGGACCACCUCCACGAAGAACCAUAGGGGACUCCAUUGCUUACACUAGCCCGAGAAAUUUCUCAAGCAUUGUGAGGCCCACUAUGAGUGAUAAACUUGCAGAAAUGAAGCCAGCUCUACUCCAACUCAUCAGUUCUAAUCAAUUCUCUGGCAUGGAUAAUGAAGACCCUCAUGCUCAUUUGGUCACUUUCUAUGAAUUGUGUGGCUCUGUGGGUGUAAUGGGGAAGGAGGAAGAAGCAUUGUAUAUGAGACUCUUCCCAUUUUCUCUGAAUGGCAAAGCAAAGGCUUGGCUUCAAUCACAGCCUAAUCAAAGUUUGACUAGUUGGGAGGAUGUGGAACACAAAUUUCUUGCUCGCUUAUUUCCACCAUCUAAGAGCACAGAGAUAAAGGCUGCGAUUGCUACUUUUGUCCAAGGAGUAGAUGAACCACUGUGUGAAGCCUGGGAAAGAUUCAAAGCUUUAUUGAGGAAGUGUCCCAGUCAUGGCUUUAGCUUGGAGAUGCAAGUGCAAACCUUCUGCAACCGUUUGCAACCUCAUACAGUGAUGAUACUUGAUGCAUCUUUUGGUGGGUCGGUUCUAUUAAAAACUGCUGAUGAAGCCAUUGCUAUUAUUGAAAACAUGGUUUCCACUGACAUGCAGAGUCAACGUGGGAGGACUCAAGUUCAGAAAAGAGGAGUUUAUGAACUUAAUGCUCAGGAUGCAAUACUUGCACAAAACAAACUUCUGGCCCAACAGAUGGAGCUCCUAACCCAAAGUAUGCCCAAGUUACCUCAGCAGUUGCAAGCAAUGCAAAGCCAAGCUCAACCACAUCAUCAAGUUAUGAGAUGUGAUUUCUGUGGAGAUAAUCAUCCUAAUGGCCAUUGUCAAGUUCCUAGUGGUUCCCAAUAUGAAGAAAUCAACUACAUGGGGAACCAAGGAAGACAAAAUUUCUUCAACAACACCUUCCCUAAUCCUUCCAAUCAAGGGUGGAGUCAAGCACAAGGAGCUUCUGGUAGUAGAAAUUCUUAUCAACCUGUUCAUCAAUACUCAUCUCAGAAUGAUAGGAAUACAAAACUAGAAGAAACAUUGCAGAUGUUCAUGCAACAGUCCAUCCAAAACCAAAAGAAUACUGAUGCAUCUAUAAAGAAUUUGGAAGUGCAAGUUGGUCAGUUGGCCAAGCAAUUAGCAAAUCAACAAAGUGGACAAUUCUCUGCAAAUACCCAAGCCAACCCCAAGGAAGAAUGCAAUGUCAUAUUCAUUAGAAGUGGAAAAGAGGAGAAACAAUUGGCUCGAUUCAAGCAAAUAUUUAACCAACUUGAAAUCACCAUGCCCUUGACCGAAGCACUACAACAAAUUCCCGCCUAUGCAAAGUACAUGAAGCAAUUCCUUAGCAAUAAAAAGAAGUAUUUAGAUGCGGAGACAAUUGAAGUGGAGGGAAAUUGUAGUGCCAUCAUGCAGAAGACUCUCCCUCCAAAAUUUAAAGAUCCGGAGAAUUUCACCAUCCCUUGCACCAUUGGAAACCAUAAUAUAGGGAAGGCUCUUAUUGAUUUAGGGGCUAGCAUCAACCUGAUGCCCCUUUCCAUGCUUAAAAAGAUUGGUGGUCUUGAAGCCAAGCCAACACGAAUUAUGCUUCAAUUGGCAGAUAGGUCCAUCAAAUACCCUUNUGGUGUGGUAGAAGACGUGGUGGUGAACAUUGAUAAACUCCAAUUCCCGGUGGANUUUGUAGUGAUGGAGAUGGAGGAAGAUGNAGAGAUACCGCUCAUCCUUGGAAGACCUUUCAUGAAGACAACUAAGGUUGUCAUUCAUAUGGAAGAGGGAAUACUGAAAUUAAAGGACCAAGAUAGAGAGAAAUGCCUUCUUCAUCUGACUCCAAGUGAAUCAAAACAAAUGCCACCACACAGAGAGAUGUCAUCAGAGGAAUAUGCGACUGUUGUAGCAUGGCUUGGGGACCAACCUUACUCUACCGGGGGAGGUGGAGCCAGCUCAUAUGGUGCAAUAGCUGAUGAUGAUGAGCAGGAGGAAACUGAUGAUGAGGAGGAUGUUGAUGAGGAUGCAAAUAUGACUGAUUAUAGCACAUCAUGA